AAUCCUACACCAACCCUGGUUCCACGCUAAUUUACGCCCUUUCUCUUUCGGUCUCUCACCUAGAAUCUCAGAGUUUAGCCUAAACCCUUUCUCUCGGGCCUCUCUUUCCUUCCCGAAAUUCCAAAAAAAAAAAAAAAGUUUUGCUCCACCAUGGAAGCCACCACCAACUUCGUCGCACAGUCUUCUUCUCGCUGUUUAGCAGCGCCGAUCAGACCUUCGUUUUCCGGCACCGUCAACCGGCUUCGUUGUGUUCCCGCCUCGCCGAAAGAUCUGUCAGCGGGUCUUUUUCUGCGUGGUGGGGCGAGGACUAGGGUCCGUAGCACGCGUUGCUUGUCGAUGUCGGAUAGCGACGCAGGAGCAGGUGGUCUCACUUAUAAGGAUGCCGGUGUGGAUAUCGACGCCGGGACUGAACUCGUCCGGAGAAUCGCCAAGAUGGCUCCUGGAAUCGGCGGCUUCGGUGGUCUCUAUCCACUCGGUGAUUCCUAUCUUGUCGCUGGUACGGAUGGUGUAGGAACGAAGCUUAAGCUGGCCUUUGAGACAGGGAUCCAUGAUACCAUUGGAAUCGAUUUGGUUGCAAUGAGUGUCAACGACAUUGUUACUUCUGGUGCAAAGCCUCUGUUUUUUCUUGAUUACUUUGCUACAAGUCGUCUUGAUGUUGAUCUUGCAGAAAAGGUCAUUAAAGGGAUUGUUGAUGGUUGCAGACAAUCGGAAUGUGCUCUACUAGGGGGAGAGACAGCGGAAAUGCCCGACUUUUAUGCAGAUGGGGAGUAUGACCUUAGCGGCUUUGCAGUAGGCAUUGUCAAGAAGGAUUCGGUCAUAGAUGGGAAAACCAUUGUGGCAGGAGAUGUCCUCAUUGGACUCCCAUCUAGUGGAGUUCAUUCGAAUGGUUUCUCGCUCGUUAGAAGGGUCGUGGAUCGGAGUGGCCUUUCUCUGAAAGACCAACUUCCGGGCGGAUCAGGGACACUAGGCGAGGCUUUAAUGGCACCAACCGUCAUAUAUGUGAAGCAGGCACUCGACAUAAUCAGCAAAGGAGGAGUGAAGGGCAUAGCCCACAUCACUGGUGGAGGGUUCACAGACAACAUUCCUCGAGUCUUCCCAGAUGGGCUUGGUGCUGUUAUUCACACCGACGCCUGGGAAAUCCCACCUCUGUUCAGAUGGAUCCAACAGGCUGGAAGAAUAGAGGAUGCUGAGAUGAGAAGGACAUUUAACAUGGGAAUAGGAAUGGUUAUGGUGGUGAGUCCAGAGGCGGCGGAUAGAAUACUUGGAGAAGCCGGGAGAGGAGCUUACGUUGCUCAUCGCAUCGGGGAGGUUAUGGACGGCGAAGGAGUAAGCUAUCUCUAAAGCUUUUUUCCUGUGUAAACCAUAUAAGCAUGGUUAUGGAACCAGUGUCUUUUUUUGAGGUUUGGAUGAGGGAGGGGGCAGGUUUUGUCUAAUUUUUGGUUAUGCUGAAUAAUAUUGGGUUUGGUUUGAAUAUCUGGUUGAAGUGGACCGGCUUUAACUGUAAUAGUCUUCUUUCUUGCGGCUGAGAUGGAACUUGGUUCGGUUGUCUGAAUUCUUCCCAAGUUGCAGUUGUUGAACUUUUUAA